AUGGACCUGGAGAAGUUCUACAGAGAAGAUCAUACCUUCUACAAGGUCAUUAUUGGUGAUUUCAACGCCAAAAAACUCUCCUCUCUACGCUGGACGUGGGAGUCACCCGAUGGAGAGUAUCAUAAUGAAAUUGACUACAUCAUCGUCAGUAAAAGGUUUUGCCUGACGGAUGUCGCUGUUGUACCAAGGUUCCUCACGAGAAAAGAUGCCACUGUGCAACACUUGCGCGCAAUCGGGACAAAUGGAAGUAUUGCUGGUGCCCGCUCAAGCAAGUCGAUGAACGAUGAACAAGGAGCACAGGAGAUCCAAGAAGAGUUGCUAUCAGAAUCCCGAAACCAAGGUGACGAGAAGACAUCAGUGAGAAGGAAGAGAUUAUUCGCUCUUGUGGGCCUACGACGGAAAGAAUCGCAACGAAUCCCAGUACGAGAAGUAGAACCUCCACGACUUAGCGAUACAACGCAUGCACAUUGUGAAAUAGUCGACGUUCGAGAACUUCAGCACAAAAUUAAAAUUCGUCAAAAGCAGUUGCGAACGAUUUCCGAUUGGUUGUGUCGUGCGAGCGUUGUGGCAGUAAUAUUGUCCUUGACUAUAACUGUUUUAGAAUGUUAUGCUGCUCAUCUCGAAAACAUUGUGCAGAAAGCAGCUGCCCUACAGAUUAGCAAACAGUGGAAGUCGCAGUGUGGGCGCAGAAAAUUGCAAAGAAUUGUAUACGGCAACACUUACGAGGAGACCGACUGCCAAAUUCCGUCCAUCUCAACUGCUGAUUGGUCAGCUUGGUCCAUCUGCGUUAGAGGAAAGAAGACCAGGUGGAAAAUAAUGGAAAGGAACAAACGAUAUGUGUUCGAUAUUGCAUACCACGAAAGUCGGAAGUGUUAG